AUGGAGAGAAUAUCAGAUAAAAUAGCUGCUCUGCCUCAGGAUGCGAACUACUUCUCUCUCGAGUUUUUCCCUCCGAAGACCCCGAUGGGAUUUUUAAAUCUCAAAGCCCGUCUGGAGCGCAUGUCCCAAGCCCUUCGACCACUUUUCGUGAAUGUUACAUGGGGCGCUGGUGGAAGCACGGUGUCUAAGUCUCUCGAACUCGCGGAGAUGUGCCAGCGCCAACUAGGACUUACCACUUGUUUGCAUUUGACGUGUACGAAUAUGAACAGGACACUGGUGGAUGAUGCGCUUGCAGAAGCCAAUGCGUUGGGUAUCCGAAAUAUCCUGGCAUUGCGUGGCGAUCCUCCACGCAGCGAAGAGUAUAAUAUCGACGGAGAAGAUGACAGUAACAAAGACUUUACGCAUGCAGUUGAUUUGGUGAGGUACAUACGUCGUAUGUAUGGCGAUUAUUUCUGUAUCGGAGUAGCAGCAUAUCCGGAAGGACAUUCCGAUGAAUCACAUCCUGAGGUGCAGGAUCCCGCGAGAGAUCUCCCAUAUCUGGUGGAAAAACGAAAGGCUGGGGCCGACUUUAUUAUGACCCAACUGAUCUACGAUUUGGAAGCGUAUAAGCGAUUUGAGGAGAUGCUCCGAAAUCAUGAAUCAGGAGUUUUCAAAACUAUCCCUAUCAUCGCUGGUUUGAUGCCCAUACAGAGCUAUCAUAUUUUAACCAGGACCACGAAACUCAGCCAUGCCAAAGUACCUCCUGACAUCAUGGCGCGUGUGGAAGAAGUUAAAGCGGACGAUGAGGCAGUGAAGCAAAUCGGUAUCGAUAUUCUUUGCGAGAUUGUCAAUGGGAUAAAGAACCUUCCUUGCCCUGGUCCACGCGGGCUCCAUUUCUAUACCCUUAAUUUAGAAAAAGCAGUCGCCUUUAUCGUCGAGAGAUGUAACCUUAUACCCACAUCAUCCGAACCUUCAAGCGAUUCAGAUACCGAGUUGGACUCGGCAGUUUUCAUAGCCCCGGGAAUGAAAAAUGGCGUUCCCCUAAUAUCAAAAAGAAGAGCUUCAUCCCUAAAUUCCCAACCUCAUAACCGAUUAAUUGUCGAUCACCCAGCCUCUUUAUCGAUUGGGGCCCCCUCUUCCCAAACUUCUACUACGCAUGAGACCCAAGCUCUAGGUGCCGGCAUGCUAGCCCUUAAUCCUCCGCAUCAAUCCACAGCGCUACAAAUAUCUGAAGGCAUGGGUGCACUGGGACGGGAAGCGACUUGGGACGAUUUUCCAAAUGGCCGCUGGGGCGAUGCACGAUCCCCGGCUUUCGGAGAAAUUGAUGGAUACGGGCCAUCGCUACACGUCAAUGCCAAUGUAGCGCGUCAAUUAUGGGGAUAUCCAACAUCUAGAGAAGACAUUAACAAACUUUUCCACUGCCAUGUGUCUGGUGAGCUUCACAUAGUACCCUGGUCAGAGGGUGGAAGUGCAGAGGAUUCUGGUGGCUUGAAUGCAGAGACUGCUACUAUUCGCGAAGAACUCCUCCAGCUCAUAGACGGACGCGGAUGGUGGACGCUCGCGUCUCAACCUGCGGUAAAUGGAGUACGUAGCGAUCAUCCAAUUUUCGGCUGGGGUCCGCGCGGCGAGGGAUUCGUUUUCCAAAAAGCGUUUGUCGAAUUCUUUUGCUCAGGACAAGACUUUGAAAAGAUAUUGAAACCAAUAUUUAAACGUCAUGGCCAAGACGAACUCUCAUGGUUUGCAACUAAUGCUUCUGGUGACUUCCAGUCGUCCUCUUCUUUCACAGGGACCACCGGCCUUGACGACGCCGUUCCUGAUUAUAAUGGUGCAGCAAGCAGCAAUGGGGUCAACGCUGUUACAUGGGGCGUGUUCAAGGGCAAAGAGAUAAUCACUCCCACGAUCAUUGAAGAAGUGAGUUUCCGCGCCUGGGGGCAUGAAGCGUUUCGUAUUUGGGAUGAAUGGAGACGCAUUUUCCGUCGUGGGAGUCCUACGGAGCAAUUGCUAGACCAACUUAAAAAGGACGCUUGGCUGAUCUGUGUGGUCGGUCAGAAAUUCGGUGCUGGAUGCGGGGGUAAAGAAGCCUCUGAGGCGGAGAAGUUCUUAUGGAGAGUGCUUGCAGGGAAAGAAGAUACCGAAGCCAAUCCAACUGGGCUCUAUUGA